AUGGCUACUAAUUAUAAUGUCUCACAGACACAAGACUCUGAUGAUGUGCAGGAAAUGUACUGUGAGGAAUGUGAAAAACAUGAAGACAGGUAUGCACCUGCAAACGGAUUCUGUGUGGAUUGUGUGGAGUAUUUAUGUGCUGACUGCUUUAAAUAUCAUAGGAGACAUUUUAAAAGUUAUGAAGUUGAAGAUAAGAACAACAUGCCACAAGAUUUCUACUUUGAAAAGUGUUCAGCUCAUCCUAAAGAGCUUAUAAAAUUUUACUGUUCUGAGUGUGAAAAAAGCGCCUGUCAAGAGUGUAAGGAUAUAGAUCAUCAAAAUUGUCAUAAUGUUAAUCAUUUGCCAACGCUUGUUAAAGACAUCAAACCAAGUACUGGUACAGAACUUAAAGAUCUUAAAGACAAACUGUCAAAUGAUAUAAAAUAUACAAAAAGGAGCUGGAUGACAAGUGUGCAAUAA